GCUUGUCCGAAACCCUCUAAACAAAGAAAAUGAUGAUUUUAUUCGCCGUGGUUCUUGCCUGCUAUUUCGCCCAACCAGGAAUGGGGACAUUCUGGGGAGCAGGAUCCGGUAUGUCAGGGGGUGGAAGUGGAAUGUCAUCAAUGAUCAUGCCGUCCACGUACGGCUCUAACUGGUACAACACACGUAGUUCAAGUGGAAUGCCCUCAUCAAUUUAUUACAAACGCCACUCAACAACCAUAGGAAGACCUAUUUACUCGACAUAUUACUCAACAUCAUAUCCUAUGGGUGGAAUGAGUUCUAUGGGCGGUAUGGGAGGAAUGAGUUCUAUGGGCGGUAUGGGAGGAAUGGGCGGCAUGAGCGGUAUGAGUUCUAUGACCAGCACGGGUGGUAUGGGUGGUAUGGGAGGUAUGGGAUCUAUGGGCGGUAUGGGAUCCAUGGGCAGUAUGGGAUCGAUGGGCGGUAUGAGUUCAAUGGGCGGCAGUACUUCCAUGGGCGGUAUGGGAGGUAUGGGAUCCAUGAGCGGUAUGGGAGGUAUGGGAUCCAUGGGCGGUAUGGGAUCCAUGGGCGGUAUGGGAUCCAUGGGCGGUAUGGGAGGAAUGAGUUCCAUGGGCGGUAUGGGUUCAAUGGGAGGAAGCUCAAUGGGAAGUAUGGGUGGUAUGACUUCUGCCGGCGGUAUGGGAGGAAUGGGUUCUAUGGGCGGUAUGGGUUCAAUGGGCGGCAUGGGAGGAAUGAGUUCUAUGGGCGGUAUGGGUUCAAUGGGCGGCAUGGGAGGAAUUAGUUCUAUGGGCGGUAUGGGAGGAAUGGGUUCCAUGGGCGGCAUGGGUUCAAUGGGAGGAAGCUCAAUGGGAAGUAUGGGUGGUAUGACUUCAUCCAGCGGUAUGGGAGGAAUGGGUUCUAUGGGCGGUAUGGGUUCAAUGGGCGGCAUGGGAGGAAUGAGUUCUAUGGGCGGUAUGGGUUCAAUGGGAGGAAGCUCAAUGGGAAGUAUGAUUGGUAUGCCCGCACCGAUCUCCAGAGGAAAGAAGAGAGGAGGCUCUUAUUAAAUAUAAGCAACUGUGUUCCAGAAGUAAAGAAGACGCCCGGUGAUAACGACAAAACGUUGCCUCAUAUAUACAUGCUUUGUAACCAGACUUGUGUGUGUGAUAUAUACCAGUUAAAUUAUUGAA